AUGACAGACCCAGCAACGCCGGUUCCGGGCGACACAAUCGAGGGAGAGACGCCAGCAGAAGCCAGGUCCCUUCGAAGGAAGUGCAAAGCCUCCACAAUGGACUCGACGAAACUGAUGAGAAAACGCGCGACCGAUCGAAGAUCUCAACAGGCGUUCCGAGAGAGGACCAAACUGAAGAUCGCAGCUCUCGAGGAGGAAGUUGCCAGAAUGUCCCAGAACGCGGAAAAGAUGAGCCGGGAGCUGCACGAAGUCACCCUUCAGCGAAACAGCCUCAGCACCGAAUGCCUGGAGUGGAAAGAGAAGGCUAGCCUGGCCUCCGAGCUAGAGGCUGAGGUCCAUGCCAUGGCCAGGAGACUCGACCAACUACGAACCAAAAAGCCCUUUUCAGACGCCGAACUAUCGUCCAUACGACCCUCCUUGCCCGCAGGCAUUCUGCCAACCAUCCACAGUGACAUGACCCCGAGAAGGUCUAAUCAGGACCAAGAUGCGAACGACUACGCCCUUGCCCCGAGCCCAGCAAGGAGCAAUACGAGUGCUGCAAUGGAGACGCAGUCUUCGCCACCUCUCCCUCAGCCCAGUGGUCUAUCAACGUGCGAAGGACCAACGGAGAGAUCGGCGUCGUAUGAAGCCACCAGGUUUGCUCCAGGAGCAGCUUGUCUGACGUCGUUUCCGCAUCCGCAAAACGUGGACGUGAGAACCGAUUUUCUUUCGGAAGGCGUCGGUUUCGACCCGGUUUGUUUCCCAGUCUCAGUGGGCCACACCUCUCCCCAACAUGGGGAUGCACAUAUUUUACGGCGGACCAGCCAGGACCCGUUGAACGACGAAUUAUCCGAGCCCGUUACUGCGGAUGAAGUGAGCAUCGAUCUCUCGGCCCACGGGGCAACAGGAGAUGUUUCGGCUCGCAGUCCUGUACAGGUGCCGGACCCUUCUAUCCCCGAUGAAAUGCAGCUCCAGCCUCUUUCAACCGAGCAAUCCUCCCGCUGGCCGGGUGGGUGGAGUCCAACGUCCAGCAACCAGGUCGACCUCUGUGAGCAGCUUCCGUACAAUCUCAAGCCAGUGAUACCCUCGGAUCGCAUCCUGCAGGGCCUUAUCGCGUCUCAGCGAGGUGCGGCUGCAGAAGGCAUCCCGUGGGAUGAGCUGCUGGGCCCUGAGCUCCCCUGCUGGGACGUCCUUGUCGGCGCGCCGUCCAGACUGUGUGGCCAUCCUAUUUGUCGAGCCGUCUUUGACAUCGUCAAAGCCUACACCGGCUAUUCACGCCUCCCGGAAAGGGUGGCCUCGGUCUACACCAUGUAUUCAUCAGUGAUGUGGCGGCUUAGUCUUCAAAGGAAGAGAUUCGAGAAGAUGCCCUUGUGGAUGCGUCCACGGGCAAUCCAACUGCAAGUGGCUCACCCUGCGUGGAUGGACCGAGUUCCAUGGCAAGUCCCCCUUCAUCCUAAUCUGAGAGAAAUCCUGGUCAAAGACCAAGAGCUGUAUCACGUCGAGGAGUUUGGGGCUUUCCACUCCACCUCCGUCUCCGUCAACUGGCCCUAUUCCUCGGAUUGUGUGCUCAUCACUUCGCGUGGCAGUGCGGCCAAAGAAGACGAGACGGUGCUGAGUCUGAACCCGGCUUUCGAAGAGCACAUCCGAGACCUUCGGAACUGGACCAUAGGUUCUCGAUUCACACAGAAAUACCCCGAGCUCGCUGCUGCAAUCGAGCAGGAUAUCGGCGAUGGCUCUAUCGAAGAAUGA